AUGUCGGCCGCCUUCGACGACGAAGAUCUCUCGAUCUCCCUUCCUUCGUACGAACAGAACAGGAAUAGGAAUCCUCAUGGGCACCCGAGUAUACCGCAGCAAGCUCCACGGCAUGGAAACGAACGGCUUGACCAGUCUCCUGCCACCGCUCGAGACAUGCAACGCCUCGAUCAAUAUACUGCGGUGAGAAAUCUGGGUGAAGGAACCUUUGGAAAGGUGAAGCUUGCCACUCACAGAGCUAGCGGGCGGCCGGUAGCACUCAAGAUUAUACCGAGGCGGAAGCUACAGUCAAGAGACAUGGUUGGGAGGGUUGAGCGCGAGAUCCAGUAUCUCCAACUCUUAAGGCACCCUCAUAUUAUCAAACUGUAUACUGUAAUCGCUACGAAGACGGAUAUUGUCAUGGUUCUGGAGUAUGCUGAACGGGAGCUAUUCGACUAUCUCGUAAAGAGAGGGAGGUGCAACGAUGACGAAGCCCGCAUCUUCUUCCAGCAAAUUAUAUGCGCAGUGGAGUACUGCCAUCGACAUAAAAUUGUUCACAGAGAUCUUAAACCCGAGAAUCUCCUUAUCGACAAGGACAAGAACGUAAAGAUUGCUGACUUCGGUCUGAGUAACAUCAUGACUGAUGGGAACUUCUUGAAAACGAGCUGCGGUAGUCCCAACUAUGCGGCUCCAGAGGUUAUCUCUGGCAAGCUUUAUGCUGGCCCAGAGGUUGAUGUAUGGAGCUGCGGAGUCAUUCUUUACGUACUUCUGGUAGGGAAGCUACCCUUUGACGACGACUACAUUCCAUCUCUCUUCAAAAAGAUAUCCGCUGGAAAUUUUCAUAUGCCAUCAUAUAUCUCGACGGGUGCUGCCAACCUCAUCAGGCACAUGCUUCAAGUUCAUCCCGUACAUCGAAUUUCCAUACCCGAAAUACGGCAGGAUCCUUGGUUUUUAAAGGGUCUCCCGAAGUACCUGCAACCACCCGUCGAGGAUUUUGUUGGCACUGGUGCAGAUCCAAAUAAAGCAAUUGAUCCACGGAAGAUCGCACCCGGAAGAUCUGCUGCUAUACAGGAACGUAUCCAUGAGAAUGCAGUUAACAAACUUGAACGAAGAAUGGGCUAUGGCAAGGAUGACAUUCAGGACGCUCUGAGGAAGCCUGAGCCUAGUGCAAUCAAGGAUGCCUUCUUUAUUGUCGUCGAGAAUGAGAUGAUGCAGAUGAAUUGCCAAAGUCCUAACCCUGACUCCAGUGCUCAGAGCUCACCGCUUGCUCCAUUGACGCCAUACCAGCCACGCACUUCAUCAAGCACACCAUCCCAAACUCCUUCAGCAGGGGGCGGAGAAGACACUCAACGAUUAAGCCAUGUCCGCAUUCUACCCACCAGUUUGCCAUACGUACACGACCAGAUAAUGGAGCAACGAGCCGAGAAGAGCCUGCUUGGUGAAGAUGAAGAAGAGGAAUUAUCAGCGGAAAGCCGAGGUAGAUCAUUGCAGCCUGAUGGCAAGGAAUCUGAGAAUGAUAUCAACAAAGAGCGUUCUCCCGAAGAACAGGCGGCAACUGCUCGGUCUCUUCGGCCCCAUUCACGCAGCAAAGUUGAUUUGGACAAGCUACAAUACCAAAAACCAAGCACCACACCUGCUACAGCCCCUCCGCCAAAACGUUCUCGAAAAUGGCAGUUUGGAAUACGUUCUAGGAAUCAACCAUAUGAAGCAAUGCUGUGUCUUUACAAAGCUAUUCGGGCGGAAGGGGGCGUUUGGGAAAUCCAGCCGGCCGAGCCUGAAGUACAUGACUCCGAUAGUGGCAGAACUCCACAGAUGACAACUGAACUCCCACAGGCAUUGCAACACAAGUACCCUGACUUGCCACCGGACUAUUAUAUCCCCAAGGAUUUAUGGUUUAUCCGUGCGCGGCUAUUAAAGCAAGGCGUUCUCGCCCCUGGUCCAUCAAGCAGCGCUCACUCUAGUCGCAGCGAUCUAGAAGAGUUCCGUCGCCGCGUUAGCCUGAUAGGCGGUAUAUUACACCCAGAGGAUAAGACGGCAACAUCGGCAGCGGCAGCUGCAGGUGGCACCGCAAUAUCGUCAGCCCACUCGUCCCACCCUGCCCUCCUCUCCUACGGUGUGUGGGUUUUCAUAGACAUUCAGUUAUAUCAGAUCGAGUCGAAGAACUACAUGGUCGACUUUAAAUGUGAUGGCUAUCAAAAUGUCAUCCAAGUUGCUCAUGAAAAUAACACCACCACAGAAUGGCGACCAAUAAGCAAACGAAUACGCAAUAAGGAAAAAGAGGUGACGAGUCCUUAUCCCUUCUUGGACGUUGCAUCAGAUCUUGUUGCACAAUUGGCCGUUGUUAGUUGA